CAUGAUGGGAAAGCGGGAUGUUCAAAUCUUCUUCCUGCUUUUUUGCUCGGUGUGUUGUUGAUCGUCAUGGAGGGGAGAGGCAGUGCUGUCAGUACUCCUGCCAACAGACCUGUUACUCGUAAAAGCAAAAGUUAUGGUCGGAGCUGUGUGGAAGCACCAUCAUAUUUCUGGCAAACUCCUGGACAUUUAACAGUCCUGAAGGUCCCAACAAGUAGAGGAGCUGCCAAAUCACAAAUCAUCACUAAUAAGGUUGACCCAGAGCAUAUCGCUCUUUUGGUGAAAAAUGAGUGGAAGCUGUCAUACGUGACCCCUCUGCAUCACUUCAGACAUACACAGCUGAAAUCAUAUGCCAAACAUCUGUCAGCCUUCAUCGUAGCAGAGAAACAACAAGGAGUUGCGGUUGAAGUCGGGUUAGAUGCAGGAUUCAAGGUCACAUUUACAGCAGUUCUUGGACUGGCUGAAACCGAUGAAGAUGCAGAAACUGUUUUCAUUCAGAUUCAGUCCAAACCAGUGUUUGCUGCAGCAGCGGAUGCACCUAAAGUAGUGUGGCGUGGUUGGCUCACCUGUGUCAACGGUGACCUAGAAUACCUGCGCUCGUUACCUCCUGAUUUCGUCAGCUUGCCUCUGUUCUGCACAAGCGGACCGGAGUCUCUAACAAACCUGGUAAAGUCCUGGUUCGAGAGGGCUUUUGAUUGCAACUUUGGCCCUUUGGCUUUAAACUCCAGCACUCUGAACUGGCUAGCUGCGUUGUGGACCGGCUGCCAUCCAUCCUGCAACAUCCGCUAUCUCAAACUGUCCUGGAGUCUCCCGACAGAGCCGCCUCUGGACGUCAUGUACACUGUGAACCCACAGGACGCCUGGGAGCUCUGGAACAGCAUUCACCCUGAGGAGAACACUGAUGAGCGCAUCGAUAUUAAAGACGUCCAGGCUUUCAUGAGCGGCAUGGAGACUCACUUUUUCAGACACUUUAAGAUCCACCUGUCGGCUGGUACACUUCUCAAAGUAUCUACUGCUCUGGGAUCAGCACAUCAUGAUGGAAAAAUCAAGAUUGGAAACAGCGACUACAUCACCACCUUACUUGCUCUGCUGACAGAAUGUGCCCUUCUGAAAAUGCCAACCUAAAUAGUCUUUUUUUGUAUAAACUUUUGUAAAUUUUAAGACCUAUUCUGUCAUAUUUAUUAUUUUUUUUGUUCUGUAAAAUAUGUUCAUGUCUGUUUUUAAGCUUUUGGAUCCUUCAUUUCUUUCAUUUGAGAACUUUUGAGGCAUUUAUCAAGACAAGUAAUAAAACGCCAGUUUAUAGAGAUUCUAUUAAUGUAAUAACUCAUUUAUCACUAGUAAAUCUGAUUUUCCACCACAUGUAUAGGUGUAUAAAUAGUUAACACAAGUAGAUAUUGAUGUCUUUUAGUAUAUUGUAAUAUCCAGAUUUUUGUACGCCUGAAAGUAUGUAAAUAGCCUCUGGUCAUUUGUUAUCUUUAUGUAAUGAAUGGUGGCUGACUUUAAAUUAUUCUGUUACGUUUUGCUCACGAUGCCAUCAAUGUCAGUAUCUUCUAAUUGAAAUGUAUAAUGUUUUAUAAACGAUGAUACUGGCAAGCAGACAUUUUGUUUUAUAUUGGAUUUUGAAAUACUGAUUUCUUUGUAAUUAGACCAUUUUGUGUUGUUUUAUAUCCAAGUAUUGUAAAGAUCUGCUUUCAAGCAUUUGCACCAGAAAAUGGGCUAGGAUGUGCAAAUCAAUUGUUUUGUAUUUAGGUUAACUUUUGUCUCUUAAUAAAGCACAAAAGCACAUUUUGUGGCCAAUUUUUGGUACAUGUUU